AUGGCGAUGUUUCUUGUUUCUGGCCGGGCUACUGGACUAUGGGUAACCUGGGUCAUCAGGAAUACCCUGCUACGACUGAAGGAGUGUGGCCUUACACUUAUGAUGGAUGACAAAUGCGAUGCCAGUAUCACAGCAAAUCGCGAGAGUCCUAAUGGUAUAAGUUUCCUUCUAGGGAUGAAAAUUCCUGCAUUUACAGUGCCUGCGCCUCCGAGGAUAUCCGAGCCCUAGAAAAUCUAAAUCUGCCCCAGAACUUGAUGCUGUCGAAGCUAGUGCUAGAGCUAUCAUCAAGAUCAUUGACUCGGCAUCUGUUCAGGUCUCACCCUUCUAUCUGUAUUAUCAACCGGACUAUGACUACGUUGCCGUCUAUUACCUUGAGGUUACCGCCAUGAAUGCAUAUCGUGGUAGGUUCUUCAAGGAAACUAUUUUUACUAUUUCUGUUGUGAAUAACGACUGA